AUGAGGAUUCUCCGUGGCAGCCGUACGCUUCUCACAGCCACUGCGCUAUCAGGUGCACUCUACACACAUCAGCGAUUCAAUUUCAACAGUGCAGACAAUCUCGCAGAUAACGAUCUACGUCAUUUGCCACCGACCCAGCUCUUCCGUGGCUGGCUCGUUUACUCGCUUUGUUCCUCGCCAGCCCUCAUCGAUGCUGCACCGGAACUUAUUCACUAUGCGUCACACAUCCCCGGCAUCUGGCAGAUCACAAAGCUCAUCGUAAAGCGUACCUUCUUCGCACAGUUCACCGGCGGCGAAUCGCCCGAAGAGUAUACGCGCGUCAUUGACUCCCUCAGACAGCAUACUCAGGGCGUCAUCCUCAACUACUCCGCGGAGGCUUCGGAUAUUAGUCCGUCGCAGUCCUACGACGCAAUGCUCCAGGCGGCCGAUGACAGCUUGAAGAAGAACAUUGAGGGCGUCGAAGCGUGUGGAGCUUUCGAGAGACGUCUUCGAGACAUCAACGACAAAAGAGCAGGUCAGACGUAUGUCGCUGUGAAACCAUCAGGCCUUAUUCCAGAUCCUUAUGUUCUCGAGAGAGCCACUCUCGCUCUCAAUGAGUUGCACGGUUGGAACAACCUCAAGCCGGCGCAAAUGCCCGUCGAUGCCGUGUCCGACCAGGACAUGCAGUUGGUGCUAGGAAAGACGCAGACAAACAGCACGACAAUCUCUCAAAAUGACCUCAAACAACUCUCAGGCCUCUAUGGAAGAAUGAGAAGUAUAUGUGGUUGUGCGUACGACAACGGUGUGAAAAUUCUCAUUGAUGCCGAGUACGCAAAAUUCCAACCAGCUAUUGAUGUCAUGUUUACACUGCUGGCUGAGGAGUACAACUAUGACAGGAAGGAGAACAUUUCACAGACAGUCCAGCCUGUGGUAUACAACACCAUCCAAUGCUCUCUGCGACGCUCGCACGACUUUGUGAAGGCAUCGUUACAGCGUGCCCACGACAAAGGAUAUAGUCUCGGAUUCAAGAUAGUGCGGGGUGCGUAUGUCGACCACGAGAACAGCAGAUGGGAGAAAUUCAAUGGGGAGGGACCGUCCCCUGUAUGGGGGAGCAAGGAGGAAACUAGUAAAUGUUUCGAUAAUGUGGCGGCAUAUCUCGUCGAGCAGCUCGCGUCGUCUUCCGGUGGAUCACUCGGUGUGCUCUUCGCCUCACAUAACAACAGCAGUGCAUUUAAGGUGCUCGAAUUGCUAUUGCACCAUAGACUAGCUACGCGCAAACCCGACGGCAAAGUCGACCCUGCACCACGGAUCAGAGAUCAGGUCGCUUUCGGCCAGCUUUACGGAAUGGCAGACAAACUGUCGAGCGAGCUUACACAAAGUCUUUCAGAUGGACCACCUAUGGUUUUCAAAUACCUCCCCUUCGCGAAACUGGAAUACGCGCUGCCGUACCUCCUUCGACGUGCAUCAGAGAACAAAGGAGUGCUGAUGGGUAGUGGAGGUGAUGAACUGCCACCAGCAAUACUAGAAAGGAUGAAACUUGGCUAUGAGCUGAGAAGAAGGUUUCUUCUGCGUUGA